CAAGGGGCGACGUCUCGCCUUUUGAAGUGCUCACGGGGUAUAAGCCGUGCCCCGCCCUUCAAGAGCCCUCGCCUUUUCACAACUGCACCAAUUGCUCUUCGUUCCUGUCGCCGCAGUCAUGUCCACUCCAGUCACCGAAGUCGUCGUCCUCACCCUCAAGCCCGACGUAGAUGUCGACGGGCCAGCUGAGAGUCUCUUCAAUAUCAUCGCAAGACAAGAGGGCUUCCGUCGUCUGAAAUGGGGUCGCUGGGAGGAAGACCCGACCAAGGUCCAGCUGAUGAUCAACUGGGACGACAUUAGCUACCAUGUCGCCUUCACACAGUCAGGCGCCGACUAUCAAGAGCUCUUCGCCGGACUCACCCCCCUCAUCGCCGCUCCCCCUGAGAUCUUCCAUCUGGAGCUCGACCCGGAAACUAUCAACAACGUCCUCGACGACCCCAUCGUUGAGCUCGCGACAUUCUUCAACGUGGGUGAAGGAUUUGAAGAGGCCGUUGCCAACACGCUUGCGGUUGGCACCAGGUCUGAAGGAUGUCUGGGGUUCGCUCGCGGCCCGGUAGUCGAGGAGCUUGCGUAUGGUGACGGCGCAAAGGGAAAGGCGCACUAUGCAGCCAUCUCGUGGACUUCGCUUGAGGCGCGGACGGCGACGACACAGCGCGAGGAUGUUAGGGAGAGCGGACAGUUGCUGAUGAGCAAGAUUGGCGGGUAUGAGGUCCACCAUGUAAAGUUUCAGUAGACAGUUCCGCGCCUCUCGCUUAGGGAGUAGAGUUUGUCGGUCCGGACUGAGUCAGUACAGGCAAAGAAAUUUCUUC